AGUUAAUCCCCUUGGAUACUCAGUAAUCGCACGUAUUUCACAAAUUUAAUGUUAACUUUUAGGGAAUAAUGGGAGGCUUUAAAUGCGAUCAUCUACUAAAAAGGAAUGACAAGAAGCCAGAAAGUACUGCUCAGUAUGAAUUAGCUGCCAGUCAGAGCCGUGACCUAAAUGAAUCUGAAUCUGCCAGCAACAACAGUGUGGACUAUGCCCGCGGUGUGUGGAAUAGAAAACUGGAGUUCAUUCUUUCUGUUGUUGGGUACUCUGUUGGUGUUGGAAAUCUGUGGAGAUUUCCAUAUUUGGUUAUGCAGAAUGGUGGAGGUGCAUUUCUGAUCCCAUUUUUCUUUUUCCUUAUUUUCUGUGGAGUGCCACUCUUCUACCUGGAGUUAUGUUUGGGUCAGUUCUCUGGUAUAAGCUGUCUCUAUGUGUGGAAGUUUUGUCCACUGUUCAAAGGUAUAGGUUACAUGAUGUUGGUGGUGUCGUUUGUUUACUGUUGGUACUAUAUAAUGGUGAUGGUUUGGGUGAUGGUGUAUUUUGUCCAGUCCUUCACGUCUGAACUGCCCUGGGGCAAGUGUGGUCAGUGGUGGAACACAGACUCCUGUAUAACUGGGCUAGAUACCCUAAGACAGCAGUGUGGAUCAAACUGUUCCUCAAAUUCAACAUAUAUCAAAGUCAAUUCAACAGACAUGGCGCGCACAGCAAGCAAAGAAUUCUGGCAUCGCUAUGUAUUAAACAAGUCCUCGGGCCUGGAAGAGUUAGGGACAAUACAGUGGCAUCUGGCAGUGGCACUGGUUGUGGCCUGGAUCAUAAUCUUUCUGUGUUUGAUGAAAGGGAUCAAGUCUGUAGGAAAAGUUGUCUAUGUCACAGCAAUACUGCCGUAUGUUCUUUUAACUGUGUUUCUUGUGAAAGGACUGACACUGCCAGGUGCGGCAGAUGGUAUCAUGUAUUACGUUAAACCUGAUUUUGCUACACUUAAAGAUGGUCAGGUGUGGUUGCAAGCAGCUGUACAGGUAUUUUACUCACUAGGUCCGGCUUGGGGCGGUCUCAUAACCAUGGCCAGUUACAACAAGUUCAACAAUAACUGUCUAAGAGAUGCAUUGAUUUGUACCGCUGCCGAUGGUUUUACUAGUUUCUAUGGUGGUUUUGUUAUCUUUUCUGUGAUUGGUUAUAUUGCAAAGGAAGCAAAUAUGGACAUAAAAGAUGUUGCAACAUCGGGUCCAGGUCUGGCUCUAGUGAUAUACCCUGAAGCAAUAACCAAACUGCCGAUACCACAACUUUGGUCUGCCCUCUUCUUUCUCAUGCUUAUAUCACUUGGAAUUGAUAGUCAGUUUGGCGUCUUUGAAACUCUGUCAAGUGGAUUUCUGGAUACAUUCCCGAAGCUAAGAAAUCGUAAAGUAUUAGUCACUGGAUGUUUCUGCAUUAUUCUGCUGCUGUUGGAUUUACCAUACACUACUAAUUGCGGUAUAUACCUAUAUCAACUGGUGGACUGGUAUUUUGCAGCAUUCUGUGUCCUGAUAAUUUCAUUUUUAGAGUGUUUUCUCAUAGGUUGGGUGUACGGUGCUGGAAGGUUUUGUAAAGAUGUUCAGUUAAUGAUAGGACAGCCUCCACCACUGUUCAUUAGGAUAUGUUGGUGUUGUGUAACCCCAGCCAUUUUACUGGUGACAUUCCUGGUGAUGUGUUACCAGUAUGAACCGCCAGCAUAUGACGGUUAUGAGUAUCCAGUUUUUGCCAAAGUUUGUGGGAAUAUACUAGCAUUUGUACCAGUCAUUCCAUUACCUAUAGUCAUGAUAUAUCAAAUCUGGCAUGCUGAAGGAUCCAUAAAACAGCGGAUUGUUCACCUGUUACAACCAGCAUCAGACUGGGGGCCGCACGUGUCACAGUAUAAAGAAGGAUAUACGGAACUACACACAAAAUCGUCCGAUGGGUUCAUAGAAAUGGUGAAACAGAAUCUAUUAGGAUCACAAGACACUUAAUGAUAGAGACACCAGAAUAAAAUUGUUGAAAUACAAUUAAACUUCAUUCACUCGAACUCGGAUAUUUGUACACCAUCCUUCGCUUAAACUCAUUGUCAGGUCCCAGCAAAAUACCAAUAUAAUGUAUUCUUUACAAUGGCUGGAACUACCAAUAACUUGAACAAAUUUUGCAAGUCCCGUCGAGUUCGAGCGAACAGAGUUAAGCUGUAAUCUAAUAUAGAUCUGUUGCCAAAAAUUUAUGUAUGAUUAUUGAGGAAAGAGUAUUAAUUUGUAAAUAACAGUUACAAAUAGUUUCGAAUGUGUAAAGUUAGAUAGAAGAAUGGUUUUAGAUGGACAUGCCUCCAGAUGUAUGUGUCAAAAUUUUAAAGUUUGAUAUGAAAUAUCAAAGAACAGAAAUUUGCAUUUAUUUAAAUUGACACUGUAGUUUGUGUUUCAUGUGUUUUCAUAAUGGCCCAGUAAUCUGUCAAAGGUUGUCGUUUUGGCAGAGGCAGUGAUUUGUUUUGCUGUUUUUUGUAUCAACUAAAUAUUGGCUGUUUCCCCCUUGUCAAAAAUUGGGGCAUUUAUUAUUGUUUAAGAAUAAGAAAUAUGGUUGUAUGUCUAUUUGCACCAGUGGCAGUUCUCUGAGUCGAAGGCAUUACAUUGCUAUUACCUACUGAUACAUUAUCUGACAAUGUGCAACGCCACCAUAAGUCAGUGUUGAUCACCUCUCAUGAUGACUUACGAAUUUCCUGACAUAAUCUAAACUGCUCGUCUUAGGCCCGCUAGACAAAACCUUUCUGAUUAUGAGCUGCCUCCCUGAUGUUAUACAUGUACUUAAAAAUGCCAGUGGCAUCUUCGUCAUGAGCAAUUAUAUAAAUUGCCAUGUAUAUGAUAAAUGCAUCCGUCCAAUUGUCAAUGUUCUGAACCUUAGAGCAGCACUCACAGGGUCUGGUCUCGAUGGCUUCUUCGUUAGAUAAACACAAACUACCCCCCACCACAAAAAUUUUCAAGUUCCGACUUUAAUAAAUGUGCCAAAUUAACGUAUUCCCCUUUCUAAAUUUUUUCCCAGAGUGAUAAGGGCACAUGACCAAAAACUUCAUCACUAGAACAACGUGUUCCGUCCAGACCAGAUGAGGAACCACUACCACCACACCCUUCAUUAAUAACAGAUGGUGCUUUAUCUGAAGUUACAUUAUUUUUAUCCUCAAUUAAAUCGAGAGGGUUUAUUUGAGAGGCAGCAUUAAUUGUCUCAAAGUCGAUAACCUAACCUGCUUGACGGGGUGCGAACUCUGUUUCCGGCAGUGAAAAUUCCAAGUCAUCUAUUUUUCUCUUUGUUCGCAUUAGAUUUGUGUUUUGGAGGCAUGGUUAAGGCAAGUUACAAAGGAAACAAAAUCAGAAAUUGUACCACCAGUUUGAAUUUAAAAAGAAAACUAAAAACGUAAGGGAAAAACCAUUAUUAGAUUUUAAAUUUCAAAAGCCUGCUUGUUGAAAAAAUGGUCUGUGGGCCAGUUUCUGAAAGUCCUCUAGUUUUUCGAUUUCGUAACCCAGAAAUUAGGCAAAGGUUCAUCCACUUCAGCCAUUAAUACAUUCAUUCCGGGAUUGUUUAAGACCGGAUGUCGCUUUCUACCGUAUGUCAAAUAAAAAUUAUACACAUUUUAGUAAACCUUGUGUAUGAAAAAUGCGGAAUUCUCUCUCUUUGAAAGUAUUGUUGGCUACACACGAAUUCUUAACAGAUUGUUUCAAUACUGACUUUCAGAUAUUAGAGUUUUGCUUAUGUAACUGUUCUAAAUCAAUUAAAGCUUCACUAUAACAAAGUUUUCCAAAUUUUGACGAUUUCUACCAAAAUUUAGGGGUCAAAAUACCCCACCCACCCGAGCUACAUUUUUGCCAUUUUAAAUAACUCAUAAAAUUAUCAAAAUUACUAUAUUUUUUAAUAAGACAUCAUCAAAUAAUUGUGUUAAGAUUCACAAUUUUAUAUAUUUUCAUGAGAAAAUAUAAAAUAUUGCAAUCACUUUAGGUUAUAGACAAC